GCCUGAUAGAAUAUACUCUGUGUUUGGGAGCUUCGUGUUCAGAGGUUGAAUGUCCCUGAAGGUCAAGAGGUCAUGGCUGAUCCAGGAUUAAAGCUGAAACGAUCUGUGUGAAUUCAUCCUGGUCUUUUUGAGAGUGACUUGGACUUGGAUCAUUUCACAUUUUACACGUUCACAAACUUCCUGUAAAAUGUUUGUAUUAUUUGUCGUGUCUCUCGGAGUCUUUACUGAACAAAAGUCAACUCUGUUUUUCAGAUGCACGCGCCUGACUGUGAUUCCGCCGUGCGCAUGCGCGUGGUCCUCGCCUCUCGGGAGCGCGCUCAGCGGUGGCGCGUCUGGUCUGGAGUUUAUUCAUCAACGCUCUCAAACUUCGGUAUUAUUCUGCGUUUGAGGAUGCGUGUCACGGUGUGAAAGGAUAAUACUGACUGACGUGCGGCUAAUUGGAUUGAGACGGUCCGGCAAGAGGAAGAAUAAAAGAAGUGAGUGAGAAAGAGAGAGCGAGGACGAAUAAUCCAGCUAAUCCAGUCGUUCAGACUCCUCUGAGCCACAGACCAAACACAGCGGAUCAUAUGUGCGUCUGAUGCGCUUCAGACCGGCUGUUUGGGGGGAUCCUGGGAUGCUGAAGUCCUGUGGUGGGAUUCGGAAACACUAAAGUAACUUCUCAGAGCGCUGGUGGACGUCAGGUGUGUCGGGACUAAACUGAAGGAAAAGGACAAUCCUGGAUGUCACUCAUCUUACAAAACGUCACUUUUCUGGAGAAACGCUGUUCAGCUUUGGUGUGGACAUGCACUCAGAUGCAGUUUUAAAGGAGACGUAAAAGACUUGAUGGUGUGAAACAGAUGUUUGGAAGAAGUUCUGCUUGAUUCACAUCUGGCAUCGGUUUUUAAUUUGAGGAGCACAUCAUCUUCAGCUUAUAUUUUUGACAGACUUUUUGGCUUUGAUUUUAAGGAUCAUUCAAGUCAUAUUUCUCGCCAUGAGUCUGGGUAAGCUGCCGGCGAUCAAGGGCCUGGUGUCCACGUCUCAGGGCAAACGGCGGUUUAAGAGUGACCUGUCGGUGGACAUGAUCAGUCCGCCACUCGGAGACUUCCGCCACACCAUGCAUGUGGGCCGCGGCGGGGACGUCUUCGGUGACACUUCGUUUCUGAGUAACUACGGCGGAUCAAGUAACAGUGAUGGGAUACGAUACCCGGAUUCGCCCUCCGGCUCCAAACCAACGCGCUUUUUAUCGCGAACCCUGCAGCAUGUGAGAAAGACUCCCCUGCCCCGGCUGAGAGGAGGGUCACGUGACUUCUCAUCCCCUCCGCCUCCCAUCUCACCCAUCAUUAAAAAUGCCAUCUCUCUGCCUCAGCUGAACAUGAAUGACGUCGGUCUGAUGAGGGCGCUGCUGCCCACCUCCACCAGCUCACCAGACGAACCACUCUGCUCCUACGGUCUUCGUUCUGGUUUCGUCACGCUGCCUCGUUCAUCUCGUCUCGACCAGAGCUUUGCAGAAACAUCUGAGUUGCUCAGCUUAGAUAGUCGACGUAGUUCCUUACCUGAGAACAACGAGGUCUCAAUGACACGAUCUGAUUCGCUCUCGUCCUUCACGGUGGACCUCGGCCCCUCCCUCAUGAGUGAGGUGUUGGAGUUGAUUGACAGCUCCUGCUGCCUCAUUAGGAGCCAUCAAGAUCAGGAGGAGGAGGAGGAAGAAGAGCAGCAGAGUUCUGUGUUUGAGAUGGAUCAUGAAUGUCAGACAACUCCGAUUGCAGCAGACGUCACCAUCGAGCCCAGGAGGUUUCGGCAGGCUGCUAGCGUGCUAGCACGUCACUUUGGAGGAGGAAAACCUGAAGAGGAGCGUCAGAGACCGUCCUCUUUCAGACACACAAGGACGCCAUACAGCUUCACUGAAACAGAGGAUGAAAUCAAAGUAUGAAUAUCAGUAAUUAAACAUAAGGACAGUUAUGAUAUUAAAAACCAGUUUGAUUUAAAAAAUAUAUAUUACAGUCUUUAUAAGUCCAAUUGAAAUACAUUUUGAAAAUAAGAAUCCAGGGAUUUUUAUUUGGACAAUUUAAAGGACUUGAAAGAGACGAAUGGAGAGCCAUCUUUCUCUAUUAA